AUAAAAGUAGAGCUUGUAAAUGUUUGAAUUAAAAAGGAAUUUAAUUAGUAGUAUAUUACAAACAUCAAUAUUAUUAUAUUGUACAAUCUUAUCUACAUUUGUUUAUCAGACAAUUGGUGGUUAUAUAUAUGCAAAUAACAAUUUAAUGGAUAAAUUAACAUUUACAAAACCAUGUCCAGAAGAUGAUUAUCGAUUUCAUAAUGCUACUGGAAAUUUUUUAUGUGUCGUACCAACAGCAAAAUUAUGUUUUAAAUUAUGUCAAAAAUUUGGUUGUACUGAAUGGUAUUAUAUGAGUUUUAUACCAUCAGGAAGUAAUGAAAUAAAAGAUUAUCAUCGUUGUCGAUGUUUCCCGGAAUAUCGUUUUUGUUUUUAUAAUGCUGUACCUAGACGAUAUCGUAAUUUUGAUUGAAUAGAAUCUUUUUUUUUUGUUUUUUUCGCUUCUUUUGUUUUUUCCUUUUUCUUUCUUUCUCUCUUGUUAUUUAUCUUUGAAACUAUAAACUUCAAUGGCCAAUUCACUAUUUCUAUUCGAUAUUUUUAUUGUUGUUGUUGUUUUUGUUGUUUAUUCUAGAUUGAUUUUUCAUUGAAUUGAACUCCUUUACAUUAUUGAUUUUUUUUUAAUAUCAGCAUAAUAUUGUAUAUUUUCAAGUUAUUUUUAGUUGCCUUAGUUACUGUAAAAGUAAUUUAUUUAAUUAUUUAUUUAUUUAUUACUUAAACAAAUACUUUUUAUGUUUAUUUCAUUUUAAUAAACAUUUAAAGUUAAA